UGUUAAAACAUCUGAAUUAUAAAUGUAAAUCAUGCUUGUUAUCUGAAUUGUGACUUAUUAAACUAAGGAUUGUGUGCACUGUUCUGAAAACUCAUAUUUGAUACAACUAUUCCCAGCAAAUAAAGUGUGUCUUUAUUUUUGCAAAAGAAUUACUAGGAGAAUAAAGGUUAAUAGAUGUAUGUAAUGUAGAUGGGAGUUAUGUUAUGUUUUGCAAGGUGACUAGGUACAUGGAUAUGAUCAGCCAUACAAGCUGCCUGGCAUUCUACAAGUAUUUCAUCAUCACCCCUCCCAAUCUGGGAAAAGUAUUGGAAUUCUCUCACAGACUGGGGCUCUUGUAUUGAUCCCGGAACUGGCAUCACUUUAUAACAUGUGGGAAAUAGAAGAUAAACCAGUCCCUGAAAAAGUCUGUUAAUGGAAGCCAUGUUGUGAUUUUGUCAUACCAUUUCUGGCUUCAUACUUAGAGCUGAAUGAAAUAGCCAAUUUAAUUUUGGAAUUAAAAUUAUUGAACACCAGGCAAAGUUUGGAUUUAAGAUUAAAACUGAAUUAUUGGAAGCCUUUCAUAAAUUAUUGGACUAUACAUGGUUUGAAAAUUCAAUAGAUAUCAAUUUAGCGACAUUUUAGGUCUGAACAUAUACUGGAGUCACCAGUGUGUGAUAAAACCUCAAGAAAACACACAUCUGUUAACCUGUAUACCUGUGAAUGAAUCUUGCAUACUUGACUACUCAAGCAGAGCAAGCUGGGAGGUUUUUGUGAUGUUUUUGGAUCUCUAAAUGUGUCUGACCUCCUGACCUUGAUUUUAGUAUUGUUCAUUGAUUAAAGGGUCAGUAGUGUUUACUAUCAGUGUUAAUAAACAAAAAAAUAUUUCAUUUAUUCUAUGGUAUACAAUGUUAAAGUUAAGUUAAGAACGAUUAUCUAUAAAUAGUGAAUUGUAAAAUACAUAACGUGCUGUUUUCAAGUUGCCUAUCCCCAAAAAACAAAGGGAUAUUUUGAAAUAAUGACAGUUAUCAGGACAGUUUUGUUUAUAUUCAGUGUUUGAGUGACAUUGCAAGUCAACUAGUAAAGUUGGAAUACGGAACAUAUAGUGAUUUAAAGAUAUUAAAAUAGCGUUAUAUUAAGUGACUCAUAGACGUACAAUACACCUAACAUACCUGUAUGUUUUAAAUAAGCCAGAUUGUGUUCGAAAGGGACAUUAUUAACGGGUAUUGUGAUCAUUCUUGUUUUUACCUCGUACAUUUAACUGUUAACCUGUGUUAAAAAGUUUAUUUCAUUAUUUUCUUAAUUGUUUCAUUCACAUUACAAAGCAACUCAAUUCAGCUCAAAGGACAUUUGCCUGAAUUUAUAUAGACUAAGGUAAAAGGAUUCGUAUCUCACUUAAAGUGAAAGUAACACAUUUAUAAAAAAAUGUCGGGAGGAGUUAAAGUUGCUAAUCCACAAUUAAAUCGGGCCUUCAGCGAAGAUGCUGGGCGGGAGGUAGCAAAACGCCAAAGGCCGAAGUUGAAGCGAUCGCUUAGUGCCAAUGUGCGGCUAAGUUUUGAGGAAAAGCGGAGAAAGAUUGAGAACAUUGUCCGUCCAUUCAUCCUUAGUGACGAUGACUACCACAAGAUCAUGGACAAAAUGCUGGACAACUUCAACAAAGGGCUCGGCAAAGAGACCCACCCUAAGGCCCGCGUCAAGAUGUUCCAGACAUACGUGAAACAUGUCCCCGACGGCACAGAGAAAGGUGACUUUCUUGCCCUUGAUCUUGGUGGCACAAACUUCCGCGUGUUGCUCGUCUCACUGGACGGGAAGGAAGUGAAGAUGGAGAGUAAAAUAUUCCUGAUACCCCAAAACAUCAUGCUGGGCUCCGGAACUCAGUUGUUCGACCACAUCGCUGAGUGCAUCUUCAAGUUCAUGAAGGACCACAAUCUCAUUGACAAGGUGUUGCCUUUGGGGUUCACUUUCAGUUUCCCGUGCAGACAAGCCGGGCUCGAUAAAGCCAUUCUCACGAGCUGGACGAAGGGCUUCAAGUGCGAGGGGGUAGAAGGGAACGAUAUCGUUCAGCUUCUGCAUGAGGCGAUUGAAAGGAGAGGGGACAUCAAGGUGAACUGCAUGGCUGUGAUCAAUGAUACGGUGGGAGCGCUCAUGUCCUGUGCCCACAGUGAUAAUCUUUGUGCAAUAGGUCUUAUCCUCGGAACGGGGACAAAUGCGUGUUACAUCGAGCGGCUGGAGAAUGUGGGACUCUGGGACGGAGAUUGGGAUGAGCCGCAACAGGUGAUCAUUAACACCGAGUGGGGAGCAUUUGGAGAUGACGGGGCCCUCAACUUCAUCAUGACAGAGUACGACCAGAAAGUUGACAAACGCUCGAUAAACCCUGGAAAACAAGUGUAUGAGAAGAUGAUCUCUGGUAUGUACAUGGGCGAGAUUGUUCGACUUGUGCUUGUGAAGCUCGUGAAACACGGCCUGUUGUUCGGUGGACGAGGGUCAGAGGAGCUUAAACAGAUGGGACGAUUCUACACGAAAUACGUUUCUGAAAUAGAGAGUGAUGUGGAUGACCACUUCAAGAACACAAAGCAAGUGUUCGAGGAAUUGGAGAUUCCCAAUCACACAGAAGAGGAUUGUCGUAUCGUUCAACAUGUGUGCUGUCUCAUCUCUACAAGAGCCGCAUAUCUUGCCUCAGCUGGAAUCGCAUGUCUGUUGAACAAGAUGGGUCGCCCAGAUGUGGCUGUAGCAGUGGACGGUUCCCUGUACCGGUUCCAUCCUCACUUCCACGACCUGAUGAUGGAGAGAAUACAGCAGCUGGUUAAUCCAGGCAUCACGUUCCGUCUGAUGUUGUCACAUGACGGCAGUGGGAAAGGUGCUGCAUUGGUGGCCGCCGUUGCACACAGAGUUGCAGAGGAGAAACAAAACAAACAACAAGAACUCGCCAACGGAAUGCACAACCUUGCCGUCGACACGUAGAACACAACAUUUCGAUUUUGAGAUACUUGAUAUCAAGUCAAUUCCAGAGCAGAUGUAAACUUCUCUCAAUAUAUGAAGAAUCAUACAGCUAACAAGCCCGCAGAAUGUUGAUAGCCAUAUUUGACACUUUGUAAAUACAGAAAUAUCGAUCAAAUCAACGAGAUAUCUACAUGUGGACAACAGCUGGCUGUGUUUUUCCUUCAAGAAAUCAUGAUGAAAGCUCCUGAGCUUUACAGCAUAUAUAACUAUCCUUCCUUAAUUAGCCUUGCUGCUUUUCAAGAAUUGAUUAGAUAGACAAAACAUUAUAUACAAAAGCAAAACAAAGCUAGGAUUUUGUGAGAUAGUGCAAAUGGUAAACAUUUCAUAGCCAGAGCCAUUUCCCAAUGAUCUUUAUAUAGUUUUUGCUUGUUUAUUGUAGAUAUAGGAUGAUUUUACUUAAAGUAGCAGCCAUUUUUUGUCACAAAUGAUUGCUUCACUUUUCACCUUACAGUGCAUCAAAACUUUUGAAUCUCAAACUGAAGUUUUUAGUUGAUGAGAGCUGUGUGAUAUAAAUGUUUCAACGAAGAGGUAUUGGCUCGAGCCCCAUAAGGGUGAGACCUUUCUUGUAAUAUACCGGUAGGUGUCUCACCCAGGAGGUCAUGGUUUGAGUAUCACCUAAGAGGCACAUUUUCUUACCGUUUUUUAUCCAGGUAACAGAUUUGAGAGUGAUUAAUAUCUGAACUUACAGCUGACAUUUAAAUGGAGCUCAAAAAAAUUAUUAUGAAUUGUUGAUUUUGCAUUGCUUUAUGUUCAACAAAAAAAGGCAAUACCAAUUCUACAAUAACUAUAGAACGAAGAAUAGAAAAUGAUUGUUUGAUGGUAUGAAUUAUAAAGGUAGUCAUGGAGUAAUUGACUUGUUACUUAGAUCAUUACCAAGGGCCUCUUUCAGUAAAGAUCUUGGUCGUGAAGAGAAAUUGUCUCGGGGGACGUAUUUUUGUGAUUUUUUCUAAAUGUUUAAAUUGUAUGUAAAUUUAAGUUGAAAACACAGCUAAGGAAAUAAAAACAUCAUUUGUGUUGGUGCAAACUGUGACCGUCCUAGAGACAUAAGAUUGUUGACAUUUUCGACUGAGAUCCCUUAUUAAAGUGGGGCCCCAGGACUUAGUCAACCAGUGUUAUGUUAUUCCACUAUUUAUGAGUGCAUGUGUAAAAUGUUUUCCCCUAGAACUCAGUAUGAAUAUUCUACAUAUCUGUUCAAUAUUCCUAUUUGUGAUAAAUGUCUAUCUUCCAAAGAAAACUAUAUCAGUCUAUUUCAGAUACUGUACUUGCUAUGUGGACAUACUGUAGGCUGUCUAUUUCAGAUACUGUACUUGCUAUGUGGACAUACUGUAGGCUGUCUUUGCAAGGGUCAGAUACUGUACUUGCUAUGUGGACAUACUGUAGGCUGUCUUUGCAAGGGUCAGAUACUGUACUUGCUAUGUGGACAUACUGUAGGCUGUCUUUGCAAGGGCCAAAUACUUUUUCAACAACCAUUUGCAUGUUUAAAACCUAAGAUAUAAUCUUAUACCGAUAUGUUUGAUGAUAAAGUAAAAGCAUCAGGAAUUUUAAUCCUCAAACAAUUUGACAUUUUUUAAAGACCAACGUAAAAAAUGGAACUCCCAUAAAGACAUUCUACAGUAUGAAAUGUGUAUGUUUAGUUAUAUCACUUGUCAACUUUAUUAUGUUGUUGUUUAUUUAUAAAAUGGAUGUGUUGAAGCCAUAAUUGCCAUCGAUGUUAAGCAUCUGGUGAGUUUAGCACUGUGAAAAUUAUACGAUGAAUAUUUAAUUUAUAAGUAUAAAUGUUAAGUUUAUUGUAGUGAUUUUUUUCAACUGAAAACAAUAUGCGUACUGAUAGAUUAUCAACUUUGUAAGUUUAUGUAUUGUAGAUUUUUAAGAUCUAAAAGCUAUUGUAUUGCAGAAAUAAAUCUUUAUAGCCCUCGAGUGUAGAAGAAAGGAACGGGAUUUUUUUUCAUCCAGUUUUAAUAUAUUCCGUUAUGAGAUGUAAGAUUCUCCAUGUACAUAAACCGGACAUUUAGCAAACAGAUCAUUGGUGCUUUUUGUUGUUGGGUACUGGGGUGGAUGAGCUUAACAAAGAAUGAUGGAUGGAAACACUUUCUUUGUUACUAUCAUUUUGCUUUUUCCAGAGAUUUUGUUUUGUAGAUAAGUGAAAUAAAAUGUAAAUUAAACAAAAAGUUAUCUUUUUUUUCACUGUUCUGCAAUUACUGGUGUUGGUGUCUGAAAAUUCAUCAGACAGCUUGUCAACUAUAUCGCGGAAAUUGAUUGAAAAUUCAUCAGACAGCUUGUCAAAUGUAUCGCAGAAAUUGAUUUCAUUUAAAGUCUUAACAUUCUUGCUAAUAUGCGAGGGUAUUUGAAAACGUAAAAUGUCAAACAACAAAUGCAAAGGACUAGACCUAGUUUUUGGUGUGUUUUUUUAUCAUUUUAAGAAUUGUCAAACAUUAGGUGGUACUGGGAUUGCUCUUUUUAGUCUCAAAGCAGAGAUUGAAUAAAACCAAGAUCAAUCUGUUUCUCAGUCAUAGGUUAAAAUUAAAAUCCUGGGUGAAGGAUUAAAUUGUUGAUUAAAUUUCAGUGUUAAUCCCAUCUUUGUUCUGUGGAAAGGGUUUCACAUAAAUGUUGUGCGACAGGCUAAGCAAGGAAUUUUAAGCAACAUGAUUUCAGUGUAGCUAUUCUCUAACUGGAUCAUAGGAUUUCAAGCUGGAAUUUCUUACUUGUCUUGAACUGUUCGUGAAACAGAGCUUUUGCCCCAAUUUCUCGAAACUUGUAAAGCUUAAUAGGAUUAAGUAGCUUAUUUCAAUAAGUCAAAAUACAUACCGUACUUAAAAUGGAUUUUGAUUAAUGAAAAAUGGUUUAUAGCGAUUAUCAUACAGAUAAUUCCUAUCUGCAACUAAUGAAGUAAAUACUGCGCAAAUUAUUGAACGACAAAAAUAGUGAGCUUAUCUUAAUCCUUUUAUAAGGGACUUAAGGAGUUUCGAGAAAUCGGGGCCAGAUGAUUGUCCAACUCAUGUGAAAUGUUAUCAUAAUGCAAGUCUUUCAUUUUUGUUAUGUUGUUCACGGCUUUUGCGUGCACUUAUCUCUCUAGAAUGAACCUAUUACUGUAAAACCUAAUAUUUAUUGCAGUUGACAAAAUGUAUGUAACUUUUACAGUAAUGGGUUUAUGAUCUGUUUAGGGUGCUUUGCUGAUGUAUGUUAACACAGGAUAGUCUGGGUUCAGGCAUCUCUUUAUUUUAUAAAUAUAAUUUUUAUUAUAAUGAUUGAUUUUAUCUUCUGUCUCCUAUUGCAUUUUGUUGAUGUGAAGUGAAAAAUUAAAUGAACAUUUUCAAUAAUUAUCAACACAGAGUCGUUUUAAUCAGUUUUUAAAUAUUAUUGUUUGUUUAUUUGUUAAGUUGUCAAGUUGUCAUUAACAACAGCAAUUACAAACUAGUUAAACGAAACUUGUAUUCUGUUGUAUGUUAUGUUGGGGUAAGUGAAAUGCAAUUUUUAACUUUUUAAUGUGAAUUCUUUAGUCUAAACAUGGCCUUUCUCUGAUGUUUUGGGAAUCAAAUUGAUGAUGGGAACAUAAAUGAAACACUAUACUUCGUAAAAUCAUGCCUAAGUAACUUAUAAGGGUUGACCCAAAAGUCAAUGGGAUUUGACAAAUGCCAAUGGACAUCCCGACUAGUAAAGUCCGUGACAAAUUCCAAAGGACAUCCUGGUAAGUGAAUUCUUCGACAAAUUUCAAUGGACAUUCCAUGAAAUAAAUUCAGCAAAGAAGUUCAAACAAUAGGGAAUGGCCAUGUUUUUCUUAGGCAGCUGGAUAAAAGCCCUUUUUUGUGUAGCCUAUUUUGUGUAUUAUUUGUUAUUGGUGUGCGUUCUUGUGUAUGUCUGUAUUCAGUUAUUCUUUCUUCUUCUUUAUUUUUCAAAUAGGUAUUUUCUUUGGUUGAACAAAAGAUGCAGGGUACUAAAUUCCAAAACAUUGUAAAGAACUUUUAGAUGCUUUGCUAAAUCUGGAUGUAACUUAUAGUUUAUCACUUAAAAAUGUCUUGAAAAAAAACCUUGAAAUUUGUUUCACUUGAAAUGCAUGAACUAUUACCUUGACAUUUAAUCAAUAAAGGUAUGAAGCAUUUUCCUUGUUCUUUUUCUACUGAAUUGUGUGAAAAUUGAUUGUAAUCUUGUUUUCUGAGUGUGUGUCAGUGUAUGCUUAUAAAGCUGUUGUUUCUACCUUUGUUGGGUAAUUUGUUUUGUUAGAACACACAAUGGAGCUCUGUACAAUGCCAUGUUAAUUUUGUUCACUUGGAAUUAAUUAGCUUGCUGGUAUAGCAUUUAUAUGAGAGCAGACUGUAUCUGGACUGUUUAACCAUUUUUUAUGACCUUAUUGUAGUUGUUUAUUUGUGGACAUGUUCAUUACAGGUCCCUAACAAUAAACAUAAUAGGUGUUCACAAAUACAAAACUCUUUUUGGCAAUACAACAAUUAGGAAGUAUGUGUCAAUUCGGUUUUGAUACCACCCCUUUCCUAUUAAACUUUGUGUCCAAAAUGUGAAUAAUGGUAUGAGUUUGGUUAGAGUUGCCAUUAUGUACUGGUUAUAUCAAUUCUGUCUGUCAUGUGCUCUAUUGUAAGUAAAACAAUAAAUGAUAAAUCUCUA